CAAACGUUGGCCCGAGCGGGAAUGAACUAAAGUGAUGAAGAAGAAGAAGAAGAAGAAGAAGGCUCGUGCGUUGCUGCGGGUGCAGUCGGAGAUUGGAACGCGAACCGCCUGAACCAUAACUUGGGUUUGCAAGACACGACUGAAGGUCUCCCACUCUCGAUGGAUGUGCUGAGAGCUGGAGUCCCGGCGCAGGUCUCGUCCAUCCACUGCCACAAAAACCAAAACGACGAGGCAGCUGACGUGGACGUCAGCGCCCGCCGACGGCUCAUCUGCGCCAGCAUUCUCUGCCUCACCUUCAUGCUCUUCGAGCUCGUCGGUGGCAUUUUGGCGAACAGCCUGGCGAUAGCGACGGAUGCGGCUCACCUCUUAACAGACUUCGCCAGCUUCAUGAUAAGCCUGUUCUCUUUGUGGAUGGGCGCCAGGCCUGCCACGAAACGCCUCAGUUUUGGUUGGUACCGUGCAGAGGUGAUCGGCGCGCUGACAUCUGUGAUUAUGAUCUGGGCCGUCACCGGCGUGCUGGUUUACAUGGCGAUCCAGAGGAUGAUCAACAAGGAGUACAACAUCGACGCCACCAUCAUGCUUAUCUCCGCCUCCGUCGGCGUCGUGGUCAACAUAAUCAUGGGCCUGGCGCUGCAGAUCCACCCGACGGGCCCGCUGGGCCACAGCCACGGGUCAGAGGAGUCGGCGCGCCGCUUCGAGCUGCUCUCGACCGAGCCGUUCGUGCCGCACGGUGCCACCGCCAGCGAGAUGGACUCGUCGCGACGGUGCAGCCGCCUCGACGUCUUCCGCGGCGUCGACCCCCGCGUAGCGCUCGCCACUGGCAGCCUGCAAGCCAUGGGUCCACAGCACGUAUCCGAAGUUGGCCCGAGUGGUCACAGCGCCAGCGCACCGUCCAUGUCGUCGCCGCCGUACAAUCCGCCCGGCCCGGAAACGCCGUUGUCGCACUACACCGAGGCACCCGAUGGCGUCGACACCGAAGCCAUGACGCCGCAUCAAGACGCGACCGAACAACGGGGCGCGCCGCUGGACGCAGUGGGCCCACCACCGGGAAGCCAACGGGCAAAGUCGUCGACAAGCCCAGAAGGCAGUGGCGCGUUAGACUUCGCAGCAAUUGGCUCCGGGGCAAAUCGGCACCUCCCUGGCAUUGUCAGUGCCAGUGGAAACGUCUCGGAAAACGCCGCGGGCACACCAGGAACUGCCACGGGUGCUGCGCCCGUCCACGGACAGCCCGGAGUCUCCCAGCACGAUCCGAGAACGUCGCCGGAUGGUCAAACUAGGUCGCCGGACGACCGUCACACGAGCUCCGGGAGCCUGGCGCACACGCCGCCUCAGCAACCCGGCGCGGGCGCCGCGCCGGCACCCGCUGCUGGCAGCGCCAGCGCGAGCCCCGACCCACCGCCGCCGCGAAGCAGCCAGGAGAGUCGGGGCGUGAUGAACAUCAACGUGCGCGCCGCCUUCAUCCACGUGCUGGGCGACCUGAUCCAGAGCGUGGGCGUGCUGGUCGCGGCCAUCGUCAUCUACUUCUGCCCGAGCUGCGGCGUCGUGGACCCGGUGUGCACGCUCAUGUUCUCGGUCAUCGUUCUGGUCACCACGCUGGCCAUCCUGCGCGAGGCGCUCAACGUGCUCAUGGAGGGCAUCCCGCACAGCGUCGACUACCACGAGGUCAAGCGGCUCCUGCUGUCCGUCGACGGCGUGGCGCGCGUGCACGACCUGCACAUCUGGGCGCUGAGCCUCGACAAGCUCGCCGUCUCCGCGCACGUCGUGCUCGUUCCUGGUGCGGAUGCCAUGUCCGUGCGGCGCAGUGCCUCCAGGACGAUUCGCCGCAACUUCGACGUCUUCAAGCUGACUCUGCAGAUGGAAGAGUUUGAAGAAGGCAUUCGCCAACACUGUCGCCGCUGCAGCGAGCCCAGCUGAGAUGCAUGGCACAUGGUUUCGAGCGUGGUGCUUGUUCUGUGCCGCCACCACAUGACACUCACUUGAGCUGUUAUAUGUUACUUGAAUUACUUCUGUUUACAAGUACAAAUGCGUUUUCAUGGACAAGAUUAUUGUGCGUCACCUGUAAAAAAUGAUUAUUCUAUUUGGACAAAAUAUAUAUUCGAAACAUA